AUACAAAGCCUCCCAUGGGGCGCACAGGUGGUUCCCACCGACUCAGAGCUCAAGUUACCGGCUCCUUGGGCGAUAUCACCUAUUCCGACCGUAUCAAGGUCUUUGAGCUUAUUAGAGCUUUUGGAAUGCCCACCUUAAACUAUUCGCAGCAUGUCAUUCAGCUCUGCCCGCUCCGCUCCAGCAUUGGAAGCUGCAUUAGCAGAAGAGCACUGCGAACAGAAAUCGGAGCUCGACCCGGAAGCACAGUUUAGAGAGAGAUUGCGGAUCCAGGAACUUCUUAGGUACUUCACACCUCACGAUGAUGGUCCUGGCCCCGGGGAAGAGAAAGCAAGACUCGCGACUGAUACGGCUUUGACCGCUUUGGCCCAGCUCUGUGCUCAUAAGCUCAAUUGUCAGCGAUCUUUCAUCUCCAUCAUAACCGAUUCCAAACAAUUUAUGGUUGCGGAGGCUACACGGAGCAUCUCCUUGAAAGACGGGGACCAACAUGACGAAGGCGAUGGUAUAUACCUCGGACAAUGCACAAUCAGCUUCGAGUGGGGUGUAUGCCCCGGAACAAUUGCAUGCUUCACUGCAAUAGAUAGCAGUUUGGAUGUUCAUUCUCGAUACGUUAAGGCGAGUCGUUCUUACUAUGUGAUGAACGACAUGUCGGCUUUGGAAGGCUUCAAAGAUCGACCUUAUAUUGCAGGAUGGCCAUUCAUGAAGUAUUACGCCGAGGUUCCAAUACACAGUCCCUCUGGACUGACGAUCGGAACCCUCUGUGUUGUGGAUAACAAAGCCAGAGAGGGGCUGGAUAUGGAAGGUUUGGGCAUACUGCGAGAAAUCUCAGAGGUCAUAAUGAAUCACCUCGAACUCUGUGUCAGCAGGAUACACCGCAACAAUGCUGAGAAGAUGAUUCAGGCACUCGGGAAGUUUGUGGAGGGAAAGGACAGUAUGCGAGAAUGGUGGAUCGAAGCCCAGGCAUCACGAGUCGCCGAACCUGGCCUACAACACCUCAGUCUCGAAAAGCGAGCUGAUAUCGAGCUUGGAUCUCGCAAAGAAGUAAACACGAGCAUCGACAGCGUCGUUGGCAUGUCUGACAGCCGCCAGACUCAAGUCUUGGAUGUACUCAAAUCCCAGUCAGGAUCAUCGGGGUAUUUCAAUCCCGCAUUGUCUUUAUGCACUGGAUCAUCCUCACCAGAAGCCCGCCAUCUGUCAGAAGCAAGCUCGGAGAUACCACGAUCUCCAGGGACUACAUACACAUCACCGGAUCCAACACCUGGUGAUGAAAUGCAAGGACCAAGCCUUGACAACCAGUUUCCUUCACAGGAACUGUCCGAUCUGGAAACAAUGCUCAACAGAGCGACCAAUCUCAUUAGGGAAGGCAUUGGUCUUGAUGGCAUUGUCCUCUUUGAUCCUCGAUCGUAUGAUGGCCAACUCCUUACGGAUUUCAACAUUUCCGGAGAGAAGGUCGCUUGGGUCGACAGGCGUAACAGCGGCAUUUCACCCACGGCGAAGCCGGUUCCAUUCAGCAAUUCUUCCUCAUACUUCCCGCCAUUCGAUAAGCAGACUCCACAACCAAGUAAAUACUGCAAAGUGUUGGCAUCAUCAACUCGCAGGAAAUCAAAUGGCGACGGGCUCGCGGGAGAAGGAUUGCUAGUUCCGGAAAAUAUCCUUCAACUGCUCCUACAGCGAUAUCCGCGAGGCGGCAUUCUCAAUUACGACAAAAAGGGAUUCAUUGACGGAGAUGAUUCGAUCUUCCUGUAUCCGUCCGAUUCCCGGAAAAUUGGCGGGAAACCUGUCAUCAAACCGGGGAAUGGUGUAGACAGUGACAGCUCAAUGGAGGCAAAUAAAUUGCGUAGUAUCCUCCCCGAAGCUACUUCAGUGUUGCUUCUUCCGUUGUGGGAUACGAAUCAAGACAAGUGGUUCGCAUACAGCCUAGCCUGGACAACCAAUCCUGCUCGCAUCUUCCAAAGGCAGGAUUUUACAUAUCUCGCAAGUUUCGGGAAUUCUAUCAUGACCGAACUGUCCCGUCUAGAGACUAUUGCAGCAGACAAUGCAAAAUCGGGUUUCAUAUCUUCCAUAUCCCACGAGUUGCGCUCCCCGCUCCACGGCAUCAUGGCCAGCGUUGAACUCCUCCGUGAUGCCAAUACGGACCCAGUGUCAAACGCAAUCAUAUGCACUGUCGAGUCUUGCGGAUCUACUCUCUUGGAUACCAUCGAGAACCUUCUGACCUUUACCAAGGUCAAUCGCUUAACCGCUCGGGCGAAUAGCGUCGUUGCGCGACGCGCGCCAUCCGUGGAUCUCGCAGCUCUCGUGGAAGAUGUCACACAAAUGCUCAUUGCUGGUCACUAUUUCCGUCGGACUGUGGAAGCAUCUGGUGCACCACAUCAAAAGACUACCGACCCCAAGGCACUCAAUGGCAGGGCAGCUCCUGGACUCGCAGUCAUAUGUGAUAUUUCUCCCGAAUGUGACUGGGUAUUCAAGACGGAUGCCGGCAUCUGGAAACGGAUCUUGAUGAACCUGUUGGGAAACUCUUUGAAGUACACCUCUUCAGGAUUUGUUCUUAUCAAAUUACGGCUCGAGGAAGAUUUGCCAGUUCUUGAGUCCAAAGCACGGCCUACUAUCUUAGCAACGCGAGCAAAGGCAAUGAGCGACCCGGAUCUUCGAGUUGCCUUGUCCCCGAUGGCGGACAGGCUGCCCUUGGAGCGCGGGUCCACCACAGGGACAAAACCUACAAAGACCUUCAAUGUCACCCUUACCAUCGAAGACUCUGGGAAGGGAAUGUCUCAGGACUAUCUCACACACCAUCUGUUCAAGCCCUUCUAUCAAGAGGACACUCUCAGUCCCGGGACUGGACUCGGCUUGAGCAUCGUGCACCAAUUAGUAUCUUCAAUUGGUGGCUCAGCCCAUGUCACCAGUGAGUUGAACUCAGGCACAGAGGUGCGGAUAGACGUUGGUCUUCAGCGUCCAGAUCCGACCACUGCCCUGCCGACUCUUUCCGAGCGCCCACAGUUCAAGAGUCUUCGUCUGGGCCUCUGCGGGCUUGAUGUCGUUCCCGAUCUGUCGGAGACACCGAAUGGUAUACUAGAUGCUAUAGCUCGACGACGGCUUGCUCUUCGCUCAACUCUCGCAGACUAUGCGAUGAACCUUGGAUUGUCUGUCUUGGCUGUUGAUUCGUUGAACUCUGAUGCAGCUGACCUGAUUCUCGCCACUGAACCUGAGUACCAGCGAUUAAUUUCGUCCCAGAAGUCUUCGUUCCAGAAACCACUGAUCGUACUGUCUGCAGAACCAAUGAUGCGCUAUGGGCAGAUGAAUACAGAGUUUGGUUCCGCCGCCGUUCUGUCACAGCCGUUCGGCCCCAGUAGGUUCAGGCAAGCUGUGGAGUCUUGCUUCUCGGCUGCUCAAAAACCUCAAGCUCCCACCAAGUCUCUUGCCAUCCUCCCAAAGCCCGAGAUCCCUGUGGCAACAGAGACCUCGAAGAACGGCCCCUCGAACGAUGCCCCGAUUCCGGCAAUCACUAAGCCGGAAACGAUUCCUCCACCAAAGACACAAGAGCCACUUCUCCCCUCCGGACAAAAGCGACUCUCCCUCCUCCUCGUAGAAGAUAAUCCCAUCAAUCUCAAACUCCUCGUUGCUUCUUUCAAGAAAAUGGGGCACAACUACUCCACCGCAACCGACGGCUCUCUAGCCGUAGCUGCCUACCGUGACGUAGCCGACACUCGCAAUCCCAGAUUCGACAUCAUCUUCAUGGAUAUCCAGAUGCCAGUCAUGGACGGCAUGGAAGCGAGUCUUGAAAUCAGGAAAUACGAGAAGCAGAACGGGUUGCAGCCGGCGAUUAUCAUUGCGUUGACGGCGUUGACGACCCUCCAGGCUGAGCAGGAGGCGUUGGAUGCUGGAGCGGAUAGGUUUAUGAAUAAGCCGGUAAGUAUUAAGAAAUUGAGGGAUGUGGUGGGGGAGUGCUUUCGAGAGGGUAAAGAAGGCGUAUGAGAGCUGCGACUGUGGUGAUCAAGUUCCCGCCAUAGCCGAAGGUAAACGACGGGAAGAAAUCAGUAACAUUAAUAUAAAUACAAUGGAUCAACAUACUUUACACUCCUA